CAUAAACGAGUGCACCGUUUGUAGGCUUUUUCAAUAAAUCGUUUAUGAUAGCCUUCUCAAUUUUCAUUCUGAAUCUAAUUUACCUAUACAUGUGUAUACCUGAGUGAAUAAUUGGAAAUGGAAGAAAGAAAAACUAUGCCAGUCCACCAAGAUGUUCUGUCCAAAGCACUCCACAAAGUAGGAGCAAACAGGUGGAUGCGAAGGAAGUAUUAUGAAUGUAGUAUGCUCCGGUGUAUAGGAAAUGUGUUCCUAACUCUAAACGAAGACGGGGAGUACCAAGUACCAGAGACAAUAACUCAACGAUUUGGGAGUUUCGUCGAAGGGACUACGACCAUUGGAAUGAGAUCCGAUAUUGAUGAAAUUCAUGUUGAACUGAAUGACGUCAUAGAAGAAGGAUUUGAAGGAACGCAUGCGAAAAACGUUAAAACAAUUGUCUUGGUAACCGACAUGUUUACGCCGCCGGGUUUUGUGAAAAUGAAAGUAGAUCCAGUAGGUGGAUAUAAGGACUUUAUACUUGAGAAAGAAGGGAAUGGAAAUUACCUUUUGUCCAAUGUCUACACGGAUGACUAUAAACAAUACAUGGCUGAUCUUCUUCAAAUGGGACAGAAUCCUUCAGAUCUUGAAAAACAUGGACCUGCUUUGACUAAAUUAAAUGAACCAGAAAAUCAAAUUGAAUCAAUAGAUGCUAUUAUAGCAUUUCAUUGUAAGACAGGUUUAUCUUUCAACCAGGAAUUUUUCAAUCGUAAAAGGUAUCAUGGGUGGCCGAGACAGUUGGACUUGGAAAAAAUGAAAGAUCAAGGAUGUCUACUAGUCCCUACUGGCCAUAGCCGCUGCGACAAAAAGCAUCGCAUUCUACAGUGGAGAAUUUCAUUCUCUUUUCAGGAACGACAAAUCAUGCUAAAUCUAAAUGAUGCACAGUACAAGUGCUAUAUCCUAUUAAAACUGGUGAAGAAAUCCCUUAUCUCACCAGUCGCAGGUUUGACAUCCUAUCACUGUAAAACAGCUUUGUUUUACACGAUUGAAAACACGGCUAGCGUUAUCUGGAGCGAAGGAAAUCUGCUAACUUGUUUUAUUCUGUGCUUAAAGAGACUGAAGAAGUGGUCGAGGAACCGUUUCUGUCCGAAUUACUUUCUCCCUGAACUGAAUUUAUUCACUGGGAAAAUAGAUAACCAGGGAAUGCUUCGGUUGAGGAGAAUUAUAUCAAGCAUUAUCAGAAGCCCAAUUGAGUACCUGCAGAAAAUACCAACUGACAAUUUUGGAAAGUUAGUUCACCUGUAUACAGCAAAAGCUACAGAUGAUAGGAAGGUCGAAGAAGAAGUGGAGACAAAUGUGGCAAAUAAAUUACACAAACUGUUUGUAGAUAUAACAAACUCUGUAUUUCAUAUCAGAAGCAUUGUUUUACAAAAGAUAUCAUACAGAUGCACAGAUUUGGAUGAAAUUAUCCAAAGACAUUUAAAGUGGUUACACACCAUCAAAUCGCUUCAUGAACACAAUGCAGUUGGAGAGUAUCAACUCAGUCGUGUGAAGUGGGUUUUUCCGCAUGUCAGCAGAUUUUUGCAUACAAGUCUGGCAAGUCAUUUGACAAUAAAGGCUUUGGAGACAAAAGAAAUGCUUAACAGGAAAGAGAAAGAAACUAUGGAGACUGAACAAAAAGGUAUGGAGGCAGAUGAGAUAAUGACUAUAGAGGCUGACAAAGUAGCUAUGAAUAUAGAAGAAAAAUGUGUGGAGACAGAGAAAAUCGUAACGGAGACAGAAGAAAGAGAUGUGGAGAGACAGAAAUCAGUUAAGAAGAAGACAAUAAAAAUAAAUGCAGAGCCAGAAAAAGCGGUGAUAUGUUGGCUGACGCUUAAUGCCUCAUACCAUUUCUUGAUGGGACUGGAUUCGGAUGCAACAUCCAGUAAAGUGAAGCUCGCGACUGUUUUGCUGUAUACCGGACAUCUUGAUAUAGAAACAUUUAAAUCAUACUAUUGUCCAACUGUGAUUACACAAUCACUGUGCGACUGCAUGGCAAGCGUUAGAGGAAACCUGAUCAGAGAAAAUGAUUAUGCUCCUUUCAUAAAUAUGUUCAAGUUGUCUCCCACGGAAACUCUAAAAAUGAGUUCAUCGGAGUACAUCGAGAAAUAUGUAUCCGCUUGUACAAUUUUCUUACCCACCGAGUCCAAAAUAACAUUUUAUCCGCUACAGUUUGAAAUGCAUCGAGCUUUUGGUUCAUGUAUAACCAUUUCUGACGACUACAAUCAAACCAAAUUCAAAAUGAGCAACUGUGAAUUCGACAAUUGUGCAGCUUUGGAUUCGAAAAUUUACGGUCUCAUACUCACAAUACUCCUCUCGGACAAUAAAGAAGAGAGAGAACGAAACAUCUGGAUGCUACGAUUUUCUAGCAAAUUGGAUUCAUUAGCUCACAGAGAAACCACAUUGAACCUUACAGGAUGGUUUGUAAGUGCGGAGAAGAUAAACGAGAAUCCGUUAUAUUGGUAUAAACAAUCGUGGGUUUAUAACAUCAAACAGCAAAAGUUUAAGUUACCUGAAAUGGCGGUUAACGACAAAAAUGCUGCAAAAUGGCACCUGGCUCUGCUUCUCUUUCGAACGUGGGCUAAUACGGCAACAACGAAAACUAGUGUUGAUUAAACUGGUUUCUGGUUUAUUUUUUUAUUCCGGGCAUGAACAAAACGAGAACGUUUACAUUUAGCUGUCUCGAAUAUGGACUUGCUUAAAACCGGGAAUAUGCAACGUGUACAUGGAACUUGGCUUUACUUUUCCAAAUAUUGAUAAAUCAAGUACAGACCUUUGAUUAAAUAACGUAGAUCAGGCAUCAUUGCUAUGACCCCGAAUACGCAGUAUUGGUUAAAAUAAUAGAUUGCUUAACUAUAGUUCUGAACUGAGGCUCCUCGAGAACCGGGAUCAUGCAACAAUAUUCCAAAGAAGCAACGCGGUGGAAAAUGGUACCAGGAAUAUAUGCUACGUAGUAUAGAUUGACACCCGGCUCUUUUGUGUAACGUUUAACCUAGCAGAGAACCUGUAAGUCGCGUAGUGGGCUUUGCUGCAGAUUAUUACACAGUAACACUGGGAACCAAAAUGAAGCAGCGCUCGUGACGUAGAAUGCGGAAACGUCAAAAGUAACAGCAGUUGAUAUUUUUCAUGUUUGUUUGAUCAUAAUGUUUAAAUGCCUCCGGGGCAAUUUUGGAAAGAUUGCGGAACAUCAAGAUUGACAACAAUAAAUCUUAAGAGUAUAUGAUGUAACGUCAUUAAAAGUACGUUUCCUAAUGUUUGAUUUAUAACUUUCGUUCCGUAACAGAAUGUUCAUCGAUAUCGAAUAUUUCAAGACAUUAAUUGAUAAUAUAUUACUCUAAACUUCCAACCAGAUCCCUUAAAAGUUUCCAUGACCAUUUUUGCAGUUAUGCAUCAAAUAUAUUAAAGUCGUUCUGCUUAAUCUUCAUUCAUAGCGGAUUAUUCAUGUAAUGUAUUGAUUUUGUAAAACGGAAAACUUCAACUUUUCGGUAGUUCAUUAAUUUUGUUCAUUUUUUAUAAUAAAAUCUUUGUGAUAUGAUAUACCUUAAAGAAUUCUGGCAAAAAGUUAACAACAAAUUUACUAAAAGAUAAAAUAUACCAUUUAAAUAAGAAAGAAACCAACAAGACACAGAACCAGUAGAAAUAUGGCCAAAACAGAUAUUCUACUGCAAUCACCUGUUUGACAUUGCCUGUCUGAACUUAAAUCUACAUAUUAUUUCUUUAAUGAUGAAUGCUCAGGUGAGUUUUUGUGAUCGCUCGUUGUCCAGCGUCUGUCUGUCUGUCUCUGUCGUCUGUUGUCUGUCUGUCUGUCAACAUUUAACUUGUGUAUGCAAUAGAGGCUGUUUUUCUCAACUGAUAUUCAUCAAAUUUUGUUAGAAUGAUUACCUUGAUAAAAUCUAGACCAAGUUUGAAAAUGGGUUAUCUGGGGUCAAAAACUAGGUCAUUAGGUCAAAUCAAAGAAAAACCUUGUGUAUGCGAUAGAGGCUGUAUUUUUCAAUUGACCUUUAUGAAAUUGAGUCCGAAUAAUUGCCUUGAUAAAAUCUAGGUAGAAUUUGAAAAUGGGUUAUCUGAGGUCAAAAACUAGGUCACUAGGUAAAAUUAUAGAAAAAUCUUGUGUAUGUGAUAGAGACUGUAUUUUUCAAUUGAUUUUCAUAAAAUUUGGUCAGAAUGAUUGCCUUGAUGAAAUCUAUGUCAAGUUUGAAUAUAAGUCAUCUAGGUCAAAAACUAGGUCACUAGGUCAAAUCUAAGUAAAACCUUGUGAAUGCGAUAGAGGCUGUAUUUUUCAUUUGACUUUUAUGAAAUUUGGUCAGAAUGAUUGCCUUGGUGUAAUCUAUGUCAAGUUUGAAUAUGGAUCAUUUGAGGUCAAAAACUAGGUCACUAGGUCAAAUUAUAGAAUAAUCUUAUGCAUGCGAUAGAGACUGUAUUUUUCAAUUGAUUUUCAUAAAAUUUGGUCAGAAUGAUUGCCUUGAUAAAAUCUAUGCCAAGCUUGAAUAUGGGUCAUCCUGGGGUAAAGAACUAGGUCACAAGGUCAAAUCAAAGAAAUACCUUGUGUAUGCGAUAGAGGCUGUAUUUUUUCAAUUGAUCUUCAUGAAAUUUGGUCAGAAUGAUUGCCUUGAUAGAAUCUAGGUUAUGUUUGAAUAUGGGUCAUUAGAUGUCAAAGCUAGGUCACUAGGUCAAAUCAAAGAAAAACCUUGUGUAUGAGAUAGAAUCUGUAUUUUUUAAUUGAUCUUCAUGAAAUUUGGUCGGAAUGAUUGCCUUGAUAAAAUCUAGGUCAAGUUUGAAUGUGGGCCAUCUGGGUUAAAAAGGUAAGUCAGUAGGUCUAAUUAAAGAAAAAUCUUGUGUAUGAGAUAGAGACUGUAUUUUUCAAUUGAUCUUUAUAAUAUUUGGUCAGAAUGAUUGCCUUGAUAAAAUCUAGAUAAAAUUUGAAUAUGGGUCAUCUUGGGUCAAAAACUAGGUCACCAGGAUUUAUUUAAGAAAAUACUUAUUCAAACUCAAGAGACCACAUUUUGGUCCAAUCUUAAUGAAAAUUGGCCAGAAUAUUUGUUUCCAUGAAAGCACUAGGUCAAACAAGCUUACACUGUAACAGUUAUGUUUUUUUUUUCUCAGCUGGGCGAUCUAGGGUCAUCUUGGCCCUCAUGUUUUCUGGAAUGGUUUGUUUUCAUACGAUAAUAGAUAUUGAUUAAACACAAUAAAAUCAAAAUUUCUUAUAAUGAACCGUUUCAAUUUUAUAAAUUGAGAGUUUUAAUCCCUCAGACAAAAUUACUCACUUUUCGUGAAUUUGCAACUACUAUACUCAGACUUAAUGAAUUAAAUUGAAUCAACAGGCAUGAUUCUCGGUGAACAAAGAUCAUGUGCGGUAAAAAUUCCAAUUUCUUUUAUGCAUAUAUGAUGAAGCUAUGAUGUGUUAAAGGUCCAGUUAGAAUUCAAAAUAAUUCAGCUAGUUUUUAAUUUUUCAUAAAAAUCUGUUCUGAUGAUAAUUUUCAAACUAAGUCAUUGAAUUCUAUCUUAAACUUUGAAAAUAUUUAAUUUUGACUCCACUUUUAAUAUAUCUUCGUCAUGAAACAGUUUCUUAAUUAGCAUAAAAGUGCUGUUGUAUUUGUGAUUUUUCAAAUUUAUUUACACAGGGAAUUUCCAGUUAAAAGGCACAUAAUUCCUUUGUUUAAAAAUGUGGCUGUCACAUUUUCCGCUAUGAGCAUAAAAUACAUUAUUUCUUUUCAAAUCCUGUUUCUGAUAAUUACUGAUUUAAUAAUUGUCAAAGGUUUAAAUAUUGCUGAAUAUACUAAAAUGUUUGAUUGAA